AUGAGCCCGGACCUGAUGAUACACGUAUCCACCAGCGCCACCGCUGGAGAUGCCUGGAAAUACCUCGCCAGCCGAUUCGACAGAGAUACAGGAUCUACUUCCAUAAACCUUUUUCGUCAAAUUACGAACCUGAGAUACAAUGACGGCGAGGACCUUCGUCAUCAUCUCGAUGUUUUCCACGGCCUG